CAGGACGUCGGUCUACAGAGUGGAGAAGUGCUGUUGUGUGAAAAUUCAAAGUGGUGGCACUCAAGCAGUCAAACAUAAAGUUCAUCGCCGCCGGUCAUGAAACGACGUCCUACAAGGCAGGCCGGCUUCUUCUGCAUAUUGCAAUAACCUCACCGAGCUUAUGUGUCGAUAACUCAGUGGAGGGCGAGAGAGAAGAAAUCGUGAACCUGGUCGUGAGCUGUUGACUGCUGAUUCCGAGGAGUGGGCCGAAGGAAAAUAUAAUGUUGUUGUUGUAAUGGAUCUGAAGGCUGGCAAACAUCUCGUGGCACCAGCGAUAAACAAUAUCAGUUGCUCGGAGGACCGUUUCGCCAAAGUCAGCUUCCUCGGCCAGCUGCACCCGUUUGAUGUGCUGCAGGCCCUGUUCAUCGUGUUCCUGACCUUUCUGGUGAUUAGCGCGAACCUGAUGGUGAUCCUGAUCAUCAACAGCCGGCGGUACGCGGCCUACAUCCAUCCCCAGCCCCGGUACCUGCUGACCUCGCUGGCCCUCAACGAUCUCGCCAUCGGUGUGCUGAUCAUCCCCUUUGGGGCGCUACCUGCCUUACUACACUGCUGGCCUUACGGUGAAAUUUUUUGCCAAAUUCAGGCUUUACUACGUGGAGCUUUAUCACAACAAAGUGCUGUUAUUCUAGUUUGUAUGGCGGUCGAUCGGUAUCUGUGCGUGCUGCACCCGCGAAUCUACCACGAGCGGUCCAGUAAAAAAGGUUGUGUGGCAAUUUUGAGCGUCACGUGGAUUUUAUGUUUGACCUGUUUCGGGUUGCUGGUGCUGCCAAAAGGAUACUACUUCAACAAAUCCGGUCUGCUGGCGUGCGAGCCGUUCUACAGCAAAUCGUCCUACCGGAUACUGUCCAGUUGCGCGCUGUACUUCCCGACGACCAUGGUCCUGAUGUAUUGCUAUGGGUCAAGUUUUCACGCCAAUCGAUACAGACUGGCGACGCCAGCCGGGGCCGGUGCCACGGCCAGUUCGAUGGCAAUCGCAGCGGUAGGGGCCUCAACGGCGACGGCGACGACCACCACCGAAAUCGGCGGCAAUUUGUCCUGCGCGGGGACACCGACGGGCAUCUCCGUCGCGACGCCCUCCUCGAUGUCCUUCUCGGAAAAGCUGGCAGAACACGAUCAGAGACUGAACGGAUCAACUUCACGCACAAUGGCGGCGAUAUCAUUAGGUUUUAUAGUAAUAAUUACCCCCUGGACGAUACAGGAGAUUGUGGCGACGUGCACAGGAUCAAAGAUUCCACCUUCGAUUGACUUCUGUGUGACGUGGAUAGCGUUAAGUAGUAGUUUUUGGAAUCCUUUUCUGUACUGGCUGCUGAACGCGCGAUUCCGGAGGAUCUGCAAGGAGAUGCUGUCUUCCAGGUGCACCAGCAGCCAAACUUCACUGGAGGAAAAGUGUAGCAUAAGUCUAGAGUACGAUCACCACUUGACCACGCUGCCGCUUCCGCCGGGUCCGCCACCGGUGACGAUCUGCCGCUCGGCGAAUCACACGCCCCGGCCGGAUAUCGAGUGCACCUCGGAGCGGUACUGGGGCGACAUCCUCGAGCGGACGUUCAGCUCGUGCAGCAUCAACGCCCUGCCCCGGAGUAACUCUUCGUCGGCGGCGUAUCACCAGCAGCAGCAGCACCAAACGACGACCUUGCACCGGCACCACCAUCGGCAGAACGGAGGUGGCCAUCAUCGUAGCAACAACAGCAUCCACAAGCUGUCCCCCGGCGGGGAGCACCUGUGCAAGGAACACCGGCGUCCGGGAACCGGUUCCAAGGAGAGCGAGUUCACCGUCAUCUUCCCCACGACCAACUCGGACCCGCAGAUGAGCUGCGAACGUGAACUGCACGACAUCAACUGUGCCAAAAAUCGAGCAUUCUUUGUCGGUUUCAACCACCACCAGGCCCUGCCCGAUAUCUAGUAUUGUGGCACGAUCGAACGGUGGAGGCUAAGGGUUAGAAAGUUUUUUUUUAUAAAAAAGAAAUAAUGUGUUGAGCGUACUUUUCUUUCCAAGAAACGAUACAUACAUGUAGGACACCGCCAGACUGUGUCCUUUAGGGUAGAUAACGCAAAACAAGAGAUAAACCUAUGUGGCUGUAGAUAAUUGUUCUAGUUGUAUGUGUGUGUAUGUGGCGAACGAACACUACAACUGUACAGUGUUAGGUUGUACCUCAUUCUCUUUUUGCCAGAAUCAUCUCCAACAUUAUUGUGUUCGAUCCAAUUUCCCAGAGGCUGGUCCUUGCCUUCUGUUUUAAUCCUGGCACACACUCACACCGAUAUUGUUCAAUUCCAUUUUAAUAGUCGGCUCCGUAGUGCAUCCAUUCAUUCAUGCCCCCAUUCACACGUGUACACGUUAAAUCCAUUUAACUUUUAACCACACACCAAAACACACACAGACACACAUUGUGAUAGUUACUCGUGAAAAACACACAACAAAUUUAUUCCACAAAACCAAAAUCGUAUCGCAGCUGUUCGAAGUCGUAGUUAAUGAAACUGUGGUCAAAAUAAACUAAUUAAGAAGAUUUUUACACAAAAAAAUAAUGACUUGUU